UGACCUGUUCAGCUGUCUAUUUCAAAAUUGCUUAAAUGUUGCUUUCCAGAGGAAUUCAGAGAUGCAUAAGGAGAAUUACUUCUAAAUUCUAGACUUCAGAAACGAUAUACUAGAAGCCAAGGACACUGAUGCUGUACAUAUUCUGCAGUGCUGUAUAGGGUCAUUGUGAGGGGGUAAACUGCUGGCAAAGUGCUUCUAAAUCAGACACACCUUUGGGUUGGGCUAUUUUGGAAACUAAGUACUUGAUUAUGCUCAGGCUAUGGUCUGCUAGAGACAAGUGAUUUUACUUUUUGUUUUUACAUUACUUUGAUCAGCUGAUGCGGUCUCCUCUGUAAGUAACAGACUGGGGGUGGAGGAGUGGUGACCUGUAGGGAGCCUUCCCUGACUGUUUUCAGAGUGGGGAUUGUUGGCUUUCAGGCAGCUAGGCAAGAGAGGAAAGGGGACGUGCUAUGGGGGUACCUUUAUUUGGGGAUAGGAAGCCCUUCUAUUUCCGCAUGUGGAAUGGACUAAGUCAGAAGUUGCAAGGCAAAAAAUCCUGGGAUAAACAUCUGGAUGAAAUCUACUUACUCCAGCAGAAAAGGAUCUGGGAAUCCCCACUCCUCCAGGCUGCCAAAGAGAACAAUCUCCCAGCCAUUAGGAAACUUCUCACUGAUGGAAUCUGUGAUAUCUAUCAGAGAGGUGCAGUGGGGGAGACCGCUCUUCAUGUAGCUGCCUUGUAUGAUAACGUGGAGGCAGCGGUGACUCUGAUGGAAGCAGCUCCUGAGCUUGUCAAUGAGAGGAUGACAUCAGAGCUCUAUGAAGGGCAGACAGCUCUCCACAUUGCAGCAGUGAACCAGAACAUCACUUUGGUGAAAGCUUUACUCAAGAGAGGGGCCAAUGCCUGCACAGCACAGGCAACUGGGCAGUUCUUCAGGCGCAGCUCCCAGAACCUUCUCUAUUUCGGAGAACAUGUUUUAUCAUUUGCUGCCUGUGUGGGAAAUGAGGAAAUUGUACAGUUGCUCAUUGAAAAUGGAGCUGACAUUAGAGCUCGAGAUUAUCUAGGUAACACUGUUCUUCACAUCCUGGUUCUCCAACCUAAUAAGACAUUUGCCUGCCACAUGUACAGCCUCAUACUUUCUUAUGACAGGAACAAAGAGGGACCAGGAUCACUUGAAUUCAUUCCUAACAAUGAGGGGCUUACUCCAUUCAAACUGGCUGGAGUUGAGGGCAACACUGUGAUGUUUCAAUACCUUAUGCAGAAGCGGAAGCACAAUCUCUGGUCCUUUGGCCCCUUGACCACUGUGCUCUAUGAUCUCACAGAGAUUGACUCCUGGGCUGACAAUCAGUCCUUCCUUGAGCUCAUUGUCUCAACCAAGAAGAGAGAGGCACGCCAGAUCUUGGACCUAACACCUGUGAAGGAGCUGGUGAGCCUGAAGUGGAAUAUGUAUGGUCGGCCCUAUUUCUGUUUCCUGGCUUUAUUCUAUAUACUCUACAUGGUCUGCUUCACUAUGUGCUGUGUCUACCGACCACUGAAACCCCGAACAGGCAACAAAACAAGCAGCAGAGACAAUACAAUCUAUGUCCAGAAAAUGCUGCAGGUAUUGUGUCUAUAGGAGUCAGGGCCCCAUAGGCUUGUGGGGGAGCUGAUCACAGUCAUUGGAGCUGUAGUAAUUUUGAUCCUUGAGAUCCCAGAUAUUCUUAGAGUUGGAGCAGCAAAAUACUUUGGACAAACCAUCCUAGGAGGGCCUUUCCACAUAAUUGUCAUCACAUAUGCUUGCAUGAUUGUAGUAACCAUGGUGAUGCGUCUCACCAGCACAACUGGUGAGGUUGUGCCCAUGUCCUUUGCCCUGGUACUAGGAUGGUGCAAUGUCAUGUACUUCGCACGAGGCUUCCAGAUGCUUGGACCCUUUACCAUCAUGAUCCAGAAGAUGAUAUUUGGAGAUCUUAUGCGCUUUUGCUGGCUCAUGGCUGUGGUGAUACUAGGCUUUGCAUCAGCUUUUUACAUCAUCUUCCAGACAGAGAACCCUGAAAACCUUGGGCAGUUCUACAACUAUCCCAUGUCCUUGUUCACCACCUUUGAGCUGUUCCUUACUAUCAUUGAUGGCCCUGCAAACUAUGAUGUGGACCUGCCCUUUAUGUACAGUGUGGUAUACUUUGCCUUCGCCAUCAUUGCCACCCUCCUUAUGCUCAACUUGUUAAUAGCCAUGAUGGGUGACACCCACUGGAGAGUGGCUCAUGAGCGGGAUGAGCUCUGGAGAGCCCAGGUAAUCUAGUUUAGUUUUUUUUUGGAGCGGAAGCUGCCACGAUGUCUCUGGCCUCGCUCUGGAAUCUGUGGGAGGGAGUAUGGGCUAGGGGACCGAUGGUAUCUCAGAGUUGAAGACAGGGUUGAUCCCAACAAACACAAGCUGAUGUGUUACACAGAAGCGUUUAAGGCUCAGGAUAGGGAUAAUUAUGACAAAGGUUUGGAGAAGCUAGAAAUCAGUAGAGACAUUCUGUACAAGAAGGAACUGUCUGCAUUGUCAUUGUCACGGAGCACAUCCAGGACUAGUUCUCACCGUGGCUGGGAGAUCCUGAGGUGCAACACCUUCCACCAGCUUCGUGGAGAAGUUGGUCAUGCCAUGGAAGAGGAGGUCUAUGAUGUCUAAGAAGCCUCUUUUUUACUCCACAACACAGAUAGUUUGCCAUAACAGUUACCUGCUGCAACUGUUCAUAUAUACUCCAGCAUGCUACACACAUUUGUCAGCCUUGAAGAACUCUGCUGGUGAACAGUUCACAAACAGUUCAUGGCAUCUGUGCUAAUGAUAUAUGAAUGAAGUCUUUUCUUUCCUACAUUUAAGUGUCUUUGCUGUUGCACUGAUACUUGCACCAAGCUAGUGGGCUUGUUGAGCUAAGGUCUGUUGUGGUUUGUUGUACUUUGUAACACCCUGCAGAAAUGAGUAAAACGCCAGCAAUGGGAUUUCAUCAAUUUGUAAAUAAGUGAUCAGUAAGCCUUCUCCCAGACGCUUGCAUAUAGUAUAAUAUCUUCCUCCAGUUUCACAAAAUCCCAGUGCUCUCAUAGCAAAGAGAGAUGACUGAAGUUCUGUUUUAUGAUUUGGUACAGAACUGAAAAAAUAAAACAACCUGUAGCUAAGCUCAGGAAUGAAGACAGUUGCUGACACUGUGAUGAUUAAAAGGACUGUAACUACUUAGCUGGCAUUCAGGGCCCUCUGAAGCACUGCAGUCUCAGCUGCAUUUUCAACAUUGCUAUCUUAGUAGGACUGUUUUGUUUUGAGUUUGUUUUGGUUUGGGUUUUAUUUUUUUUGGUGAUGUGUUUGUUUGCUUGUUUUGUUUUGUUGUCACAUGAAUGCACUUUAAGCUUUUAAAAAGAAGUGACUGCUAUUCCUGGGAGGAUUUUGAAGGUUCUGAAGUAGGACCUUCUUUUCCUAAUGAGACCACAUAUGACCUGCUGAGGUGUCUUUAGGCAGUGUGAAAUUUUAGCAGAGCUGUUAAUCUCCCAAGUGAGCUGAAGCUGGUCUUUUGUUUUCUGUGGAAGAGUAGGAUUAUGAACCAUAUUUCUCUGAUUUAUAACAAAGCUGUCAAUGUUGGGUAGUGUGCUACAAUUUAGCACUGAAAGAAAUGGAGAGGAAAUGUUGAGUAGAAAAAUAAGAGCUAUUGCAGAUGCAGUUCAGAAACUUGUGUGCUCACGUGCUUGUUCUCUCUCUGAAAGUCUAAAACUAUCCAGUAAACAACUGAGUCAUCCACACAGUUCCCUUCCAGGCAUAAUGCUGUGCCAGUCUGUCAGUUUGUCAUCUGCUUAGGACCACUUUAAGAAAAAUGGAGAAAUGUUCAGAGAAAUGCAGGGUCAUUUCAGGCUUUUUUUAUAUUCCCAGGGGUGUGGAGUUUCAUUCCAGUAACUGAAGUGGAAAGCAAUCCAUGGUCUUCACAUUUCUGUCCAACAGGGCUAGUAAUAGAAACUUUGUUUUAUAAAAACCCAAGGACUAUUAUCUAGCAUUAGACUUUGAGCCAAAUCACCCUGUGAUAAUCAAAGUAGAUAAUGGAAAAGCUCAAUCCAGUGCAUUUCUGAUUUGUAUUGAAAUACCACCAGCAAACAUAUUCUACACCUCCUCUCUUGCAGGUGCUAUAAUAAGCAUCAUGACCUUUGCAUUUAUGUGUGUUUAAUUUAAAUGUCUUUCUCUUACUUGAAUGUGUAUUUAUGCUCCAGUGAAAGACUGACAGAAGACUGUCACUGAAAUUCAAUUGCAUACUUUUGAAUUGACUCCUUUUGUUGCACUGAAAGUGUUUCCUGGUCUUGCUCACUUAAGUAUUGUCAGUCUUUCCCAAAACCUUUGGAUUUUAUGCUGGUGGUCUAUGGGGAUGAGAACAAUGUGUUACAUUAACCAGAACUGUGAAUCACUGCUGUAAUUGUAGAUGAAUUUUCUGUCAUAGUGAAUAUGAAGUAGCAGGUAGGGGAGAACUGAUGGCUUCCCCCUCCUCCCCUUGCCCCCUAGUAGUCUUUUUACUAGUUUAGAAACCUGCAGAAAUACUGUUAAGAUGGAGCCACAUACUGCCAUUUCUACAAAAGCACUCCUCUUUGUGACAUCAUCAUCUUUUAAAAGCUUGUUUGAAGUAUAAGCUGUGUAAGCCCUGUUCUGAUUUUGUGUUCUUCAUCACUAUAAACAAUAAUUAGAGUUUUGACCUUGAAACUCAAAACAACAUAUUGACAUUUCAGGAGGCAGAACAGAAUUCAGUUAACAGUGCUAGGUCUUUAUAGAUUUCUGUAUCUGCUCUCCAUAAAAAGAAAAGAAAAAAAUCCAGUAGCAGAUAUUUUUAGUGAUAUGCCUUCUCUUGAAAAAUUACUUUCUGUAAGAGUUAGCUUUCAAACUCCUUGCACAGAACCCAUGCAGAGAACAGCAUGAGAACUCUGUGAUUUAUUUCCUGUCUUUGAACUUGCCUAAUGUAAAUAAGAGAGAAUAAUUUGGGUUGGAAGGGACCUUUAAAGGUCAUCUAGUCCAACCUCCCUGCAAUGAGCAGGGAC